AUGAUUGGAUGUGAUGAUUUCGACCCUCACUCUGAACUACACAUCACAUUCAUGCAUGCGUUGUCUGUGCUUGCUCCACCAGUGAACCUUUCCGCUAUUUUCUGUAUUAUCCGCAAGUCCACAAAACAAAUGGGCGCAUUCAAAUGGUACCUACUGCUCUAUCAAACUGCCAACACCACAAUUGACUUCAUAUAUUUGACCGUAACACUUCCUGUGAUAUUUUUCCCAAUUCCAAUGGGCUACACUGGAUCCUGGAUCGCUGCAUGA